AAUCUGCAGGCUCGAGAAGGUUUCUGUUUCGUCAUACACUAGGUAGAUUUCAAAGUGAGGAGGCACAGUUCAUUAAGGCCGAGAAUAACAUGAAGGAGUUAAAUCUUUCUGUUGAGUUAUUGAAGAAGGAAAGCAAAAAACUGCUUGAAAGGGCAGCACUUGCUGAGAAGGAUACAAAACGUGGUCAUGCUGAGCUCAUGAAUGCUGGAAGACGGAUACAGCAUCUUGCUAAGUCAGUUUACAAGGUUGAGACCCAAGCUGCAGAUUUGAUGGAUGGGCUGCGAGAAAUCCCUGGCAGAGAAGCCUUGAAACUUAGAGCUGAUGUUGCUUCUAUGACAUCACUAUUGAAGCGGCAGAGGACUGCUCUGGACAAAAGGAUAAUGGGGAUAUCUGAACUUGGAGUUCCUAUUUGAUAAGAUUUAUAGAUUUUCCUAACUCGUUUUGAAUAAGAUUUUUCGGUUAUGAGAGAUGGGGACAGUCAGGUAAGGGAGACCGAUUGUUAAAAAUACAAGUGAUUUAAGCGAAGUUGCUAUGGUUGGAGGUCCCAAGCGACUCGACUUAUGGCACGGUAUUAAGCAUAAAUUGCUGCUCAAAUGGCAGCUGAGUCUUGAAGGUUCUUGAAUGAUUUGGGAAUUGCUUAUUUUUAUCUGCAUACCCAUUCCAAGUGGGAAGAAAAUUCAUUUUGGAUUUUUAUA